ACAACACUAUACAAUAAUAAGUUUCAAAGAAGAGUUUGCUUGUUCUAGCGUAGCUAUGAUAGCAAGUUGCAUAGCUAAAAGCAAUUAGAUACUAUUGUGGUGACAAAAAGUGGGCGUAGCUGGUCUGCUUUGUGCAUACUUGUUACCUUGUACAAAACAGGUCAAGCUACACGACUUUUACAAGAUGUUGUAUAAUCUACAAGCUAUUGUGACUUUGCUGUUGUUCGUAACAAGCUCGAUACAAGCUCAACAAGUACAAUUUGAUCAAGCAUCGUAUUUUGUCGGUUUCGAUGAAGAACAAUCAAACGGAACAACAGUUACAGAAAUCAGAGCUUCGUAUUUGAACUCUUUUGGACUGCCCCGAACUGAUGGCACGUUCUCAUUACCCACAACUGGAGAUGCACAAUUAUUCACCAUAGAAACCACGUCUGAUACGACCAUAUCCACGGGGAUAAUCAGAUCGAGAGCUGUGUUUGAUCGCGAUGCCGUCAAUGCACAAACACAAUUCAGCUUCAUGGCUACCUACACCACACCUGACGACACCAGUGCCUCCGCAUCCAUCAACGUGUUCAUACAAGAUGUGAAUGAUAACAGACCAACGUUUUCGAGCAAAAUUAAUCUCGUCUUACUCUUAGAAGACACGGUAGCUGGUACCACGUUCGUUACCAUCACUGCUACAGAUCCAGACCAGGUGCAGAGCGAAACAAACGUUAUUGAUAUUUCACCUGACGUUCAAGAUGAGGUGGAAGUCUUUACGAUCACAAACGGACGAAUUUUAUACAAUAUAACGUCUGGAAAUAGCCUAGGGCAUUUUGUGAUUGGCAGACAAAGUGGAAGUUUGUCUGUGAGUGAAAUGGUGGUGCUCGAUAUUGACGCUGUCGAUUUUUAUAACCUCACUGUUAUGGCAACGGAUGGCGGCGGGUUAAGCGAUGUAACCAUUGUGACUAUCGAAGUAGUGGAUGCCAACGACAAUGCUCCGCAGAUAUUGGGCCCUUUAGGGGUUAACCUGACUAUUCCAGAAGACACUCAACCUGGCUAUGUAAUUGUUGACCACAUAAAUGCAACGGACUUGGACCGUGGGGUCAACGCAGAGAUACGCUUCUCAAUAAUAUCCGGAGAUGUGACUGAUAGCUUUUCUAUAGAUGCCAUAUCUGGUCAUAUUGAAGUCUCCGCCCCCUUGGACCGAGAGGUGGGCAGCACCGUCCAGCUGACUGUACAGGCUCGGGAUCUGGGAAUACCACAGCCCAUGCAAAGCACUGUACAGGUUGUAGUCAAGUUGCUGGACAUCAACGACUAUACGCCCCAGUUCACUCAGACCUCCUACACAGUCUCUGUCAGCGAGAACCUGAGACCCCCUGCAUUGGUUACCACACUCGAAGCUAUCGACCUGGACGAGGGUCCAAAUGGAACUGUAUCAUACACCAUAUUGACAGGGGGUGAUGGAAGAUUCACGAUUGAUAACUCGACAGGGGAUAUUCAUGCGGUUGUUUCUCUAGAUCAUGAAGAAGUGAAUUUUUACGAACUUUUGGUGAGAGCAGUUGAUGCUCCUCUGAAUGAUUCUUACCAACUCUCAGCCGAGGUGAACGUCACUAUCCUCGUGGGGGACAUGAACGAUAAUGCUCCAGUGUUCCUUAGCCCCGCCUACAACACUAGUAUACUGGAUGAUCAAAAACGUCGCACAGAAAUUCUGCGAGUAAUUGCUACAGACGCUGAUGGUGGUUCAAACGGACAGAUAAGAUAUCUCAUUAGUACUCCCGAUCCGACCGAUUCUGAUGCUUUCCUAGUCAACGAAACAAAUGGUGUUAUUUACCGAGAACGAAUGAUCAUAUUUGAAAACCAAUCUGUGUAUAGCUUCACAGUCCAAGCUCGAGACGGCGGAUCCUUUCCUUUAGCCGAUGCAACCACUGUUACGAUAUACGUACACAAUGUUAACAAGAAUCCACCUGUGUUCAACCAAUCAGAAUACAACGUUACAGUCAUGGAAACCACAAAUGUUGGUACAGUAGUAUUGAAUGUCAGUGCAUAUGAUCCAGAUGUUGGCUUAAUUGGAGAAAUACAUUAUAGAAUUGUGAGUGAUUUCGAUACAGCUGGUUCCUUUGUAGUUGACCGAUUCUCCGGUGAAAUUUCUGUCAGCUCAAGGUUAAAUUUUGAUGUAAAAGCAUACGUUUUCUUUGUUGUUGAAGCUUACGACGGUGGAUUUCCAGAUCCGUUCACAGCUAGGGUCAACGUUACUGUGUACCUCACUGAGGAGAAUGAUGAGGCCCCUUCAAUUACAUUUCCCGACGGCUUUUCCCCAACAGUUCCUGAAAAUAACAGCCCCGGUUUUGAGGUGGUGUUUUUGUCACAGUACACCUUUGACCCUGACAUUGGUGUCGGGGGCGAAUUUACUUUUCGUUUAGUUGAAAUUUUCGAUGAAUUUUCUCAGAAUGAUUCAUUUUCUUUCAACGAGACCACUGGACUGAUUACAAGUUUAAGAACAUUUGAUCGUGAGCUACAACCUGGUGGUAUUAUUAUUGCUAUAGAAACUAUUGAUUUCGGUAUACCACAGCAAUCGAAAAUCACCAACAUCACGAUAGUGAUUGGAGAUCGAAACGAUAACCCACCCUAUUUUGAAUAUAAUGCAACGGCUGAAGUGUACGAGUUUAUGCCCCCAGGCACACAAGUACCGCUCAACUACACUGCCCUCGAUGAUGACAUCGGAAUAAACGCCAGGUUGGAAUAUGGAAUAUUCGAUGGAGUUGGAGCUGAAAGAUUUACAAUUGAUUCUGUUUCUGGUAUCAUUUCCACAACUGAAGUGUUGAACAAAACUGAGCAGCUCUUCUAUAACCUAACCAUCAUCGCUAUGGACCAGGGCGUCCCACAAAUGUUUGGUUUUGGUUUUGUUGUUUUUGAAGUUAUUGACGCAAACGAUCAAAUUCCGAUAUUUUCUGAGUCUGUGUACAAUGUUAGUCUGCCUGAGAAUUUGCCAAAUGGUAUCUUAGUAACGCAAGUCAAUGCUUCUGAUUCUGAUGUCGGUACUAAUGCCAACUUGGAAUAUUUCAUUUCGGAAAAUUCAACCAGUUUUAAACUGUUUGCAAUAAACACUACAUCUGGUGAAAUAUUUUCAAAUGUCGAAUUUGAUCGCGAGAAUGUGAGUGUAAUUUAUGUCGAGGUAGUUGCUAUUGACAACGGCCUUGUUCCCCUUACCGGAAGUGCAACUGUCCGAGUGUACAUACAAGACGUUAAUGACAACACCCCAUUGUUUAACAGGACUCUCUAUUCAGCAAAUGUAACUGAAAAUGCUCCCAAUGAAACUGUCAUAGCAACUGUACUUGCUCUUGAUGCUGAUGCAGAGAGCCCGAACAACCAAAUCACUUAUAGUCUAUUCGGAGAAAGAAGUGAUAUCUUUAUCGUCGAUUCUUCCACUGGUAAUGUCCUCGUAGCAGGAGAGGUUGAUUGGGAGCUAGGAGAACAAUUUACCGUUACUGUCAUAGCAACGGACGGGGGAUCUCCGUCACGAACAGACACGGCCGAGUUAACGAUACGUAUUGAGGAUAUUAACGAUGUAGCCCCGUUAUUUGUUCCAGGCUCGCUAAAUCUAUCGAUAUUUGAGAAUACUCUGCCUGGAAAUACGUCAGUGGUGGGUUAUGUGCAAGCAGUGGAUGCGGAUAGUCCCGGUAAUAACUCACUUGUCACUUAUUCCAUACUAAUGGAUUUCACUAGCGGAAGAUUUGAACUUGAUUCAGAAACUGGUCUCGUUACAUUUGUUCAACACAGUCUGGACAGAGAGGUCCGUGAUCUUUACGACAUUUUAAUUCGUGCGAGUGACCAUGGCAACCCACGAUUGCACACAGAUGCUACACUCUUUAUUAGUGUGACAGACUCUAAUGAAUUUAGUCCCGUAUUCGACAGUGCUGUGUACAGUGGGCAGGUUGCAGAGAGAGCUGUUGUGGGCACAUCCAUUCUCACAGUACUAGCCACUGAUAUUGAUAUCGAUCUAAACGGUGAACUGCGCUAUUCAAUUCUUGACUCCACAUUCGAGAGCCUGUUUCAAGUUAAUGCAACGACUGGUGUUAUAACUACGGCGAGUGAAGUAUUUGAUUUCGAGUCUGAGACUGACUACAGGUUUCAAGUGGGUGUAACUGAUUUAGGUUCCCCUGUGCAGUUAAAUGAUACUACUCUUGUCCUGAUCACAAUACUGGACUCCAAUGACAACAGCCCCAUCUUUCAGCAGGAUAUAUACUCGGCUACUAUCCGUGAGAAUCUUGCCUCAGGCACUACCGUCUUGCAAGUACUUGCUACGGACGUCGACUCUACUACUAAUGAGGAAAUUGAAUACACACUCCCGCCAAGAGUCAGUGAUUAUUUCGGCGUAGACCCCCUCACGGGGGUGCUGUACACCAGACAAUUUAUCGAUCGUGAGGUUACCCCUGAGUUCAGCUUCUUAGUUACUGCCAAUAAUUCGAAAGCAGCUGACCCACUGUACUCAACUGUGAAUAUUUUCAUCAAUGUGUCUGAUUUGAACGACAUGCAUCCCACGUUCGAGCCAGUAAUUAACAUCUAUGUGUUGGAGAACACUACCAUCGGCAGUACUGUCUUCAUUCUGAAUCCUGAAGAUGGAGACCAAGGAAGAAAUGGAACAAUAACUUUCACUGUUACGCAGGAAAACGCGUUCUUUGGUUUUGAUGAUACGUCAGGUGACAUUUCUCUUAUCAGAGAGCUCGAUUUUGAGAUACAAGAAUUCUACAUUCUAACGGUAAUGGCUACUGAUUCAGGGUCGCCAAGUUUGAGUAACUAUACCAACGUGUUGAUACAUGUCCUUGACGUUAAUGACAAUUUUCCUCAGUUCUUCGCUAAUAUCUCCACAACAAUAAGUUUUGCAGCUGACGUCGGCUCAUUUGUGGCAAAUUGUGAAGCGUAUGAUAUUGAUAGUUCAACUAAUGCAGAACUUGUUUUUACCAUCCUAGCUGGCAACGAAUUGGGACUUUUUGAACUAGCUUCUGACAGUGAGGGUAUUCUAAUUACUGCUGCCUCUCUGUCUAGUUUGACUGAGUCUGAUACUGUUGUGCUGGUGUUGGGUGUCUCGAAUCCUGGACUAAAUGGAUACAAUGCCAGUGUCAGUAUUUUCAUCGAUGAAGGGCAAGUAACUUCACCUCGAUUUGCAAGCCAAAAUUUCACAGCCUCUCUGCCAGAGAAUACCAUAGUGGGUGAUACCGUGUUCGACUUUACAGGGCUAUCAAAUGUCGAUAUCUUUUCACUCAGCCCUGAGUUUGCUAGUCGUUUCAGUAUUGACACUGCAAGCGGUGUUAUCACUCUUAGAUCUCCAUUAGAUUACGAAUCACAGCGUCUCUACCAGCUGACUGUUGAAGGAACAAUAAGCGGACAGACUACCACGGCCUAUACAGUACUGACUAUUGAAGUAACUGAUGUAAAUGAACACCCUCCACAGUUUAUAGCAAGUUCUUUUUUCAUUGCUCUUUCUGAAACUGCACCCAUUCUAGAGCCGUUUUUUGUCGCUAUAGCAACUGACGAGGACGGAGCGCUCCCUGCCACUGUCAUUACGUAUUCUAUUACAACCCUUGACUCAACUGUGCAAUCGCAUUUUGGCAUCAACCCACAAACUGGUGGUUUGUUUCUCCGGACUAACCUCGAUUAUGAAUUUGGUAUACGUGAGUUUAAUUUCACAAUAUCUGCUGCAAAUGAUUUUUUGUCAAGUUUUAGUGAAGCUAAUGUAAGUAUUGCCGUGCUUAAUGGAAACACUUUCUCUCCCGUUUUCACCCAAACUCGCUUCGUUUUGACAUUUGAUGAGAACAUCGAUGCUGGCCUAAACUUUCUCAACGUUAGUGCGACUGAUCAAGACGAAGGUUCCCAUGGCGAUAUCACAUAUGGAUUGCAUGGUAACCAUGACUACUUUGACUUCAGAAUCGACACAUUCACUGGCCAAAUAUUCAUCAACAAUCCGCUGGAUUAUGAGAGACACUCAUUCUACACUCUUGAAGUGAUUGCCGGGGAUGGAGGAAAUCCAGGCAGAACUGGAACCGCAAUAGUGCAAGUCUCAAUCGGAGACUUAAACGACAACAGUCCAGUGUGGGAAUCAGCUCAAUACGCUGUAAUUGUAUCUGAGAAUGUGACUGUGGGUACGGAACUGAUUAACGUUAUGGCAAUGGACGCAGAUCAAGUUCAACGAGACGAGAAUGGGAACGUGGACGUUGAUAAUGGGUUGGUGGCGUACAGUAUUGUUGAUGGCGAUCCGAUUGGUAAUUUCCACAUCACCGUGGAUACAGGAGUAGUAUCGGUUGCGACUCUACUCAACCGUGAACAGAUACAAGUGUACAACCUAACGCUGAGAGCUACAGACGGUGGAGGGCGAUUGGCCGAAGCCUUUCUUCACAUAACUCUAACAGAUGUGAAUGAUCAGGUACCAGCUUUCACUGAAAGCCCCUACAUUGUAGGUUUGCCGGAAAAUUCCUCGUAUAGUGUGUUUGUACUUACAGUGGUUGCUAUAGAUACAGACCUCAGGGAGAGCUCUGAACUAACGUACCAUUUUAACGGCUCCUCUAGUGAUGUGUUUGUGGAUGGCACUGGCACGUUUUAUCUCAACGAUACAACUGGUGAUAUUUUCCUAAUCUCAACCGUUGAUCGAGAGGAGCAAGAUACAUAUACACUCAUUGUUGAAGCCAUAGACAUGGGGACCACGCCCCUAACAGGGGUUGUCGAGGUCAUUAUUCAAAUUAUUGACAUAAACGAGUUUGCCCCUGCUUUUACAUCAGCUAAUUACAAUGGCAGUGUGUUCGAGAACGAACCGACGGGUACAAGUGUGUUACAAGUGUUCACUACCGACCAGGACUUUGGCGAAAACAGCACUGUGCUAUAUUCUAUUGUUAGCGGAAAUUAUAGUGAGUUGUUUAAUAUCGUACCCGACUCUGGCGUGAUUGAAGUGGCUGGUGACAUUGAUUACGAGUUCGUACAGGAGGUCAGCCUUAUUGUUAUGGCAACUGACACUGGGCCGAUUGAAACCAGACUAUCCAGUCAAGUGAAUGUAACGAUUUAUAUCAAAGAUCGCAAUGAUAAUGCACCCCAGCUGCAAGAGAGGUAUACCGUAUUUAUCUCUGAAGAUUCCUUGCUGAGGGACCUAGUACUGGUUGUCAUGGCUAUUGACGAAGACUCAGGAGUCAACGCUUUAUUGAACUAUUCCAUAGACCCCUUGGGUGAUACUGAAGUCGAGACUACCUUUGUAAUUGAUUCAUCAAACGGUUCGAUUGAUUUAAGCGGUGCUUUAGAUAGAGAAACCAUUUCUAGCUAUUUCUUUCUGGUGAAUGUUAGUGAUGGAGGUGUCCCUACACUGCAAGAUAGUUCUCCUGUGACUGUACAUGUGAUAGACGUCAAUGACAACGUACCUCAGUUUACAGCUGCCUUUUUUGAGGGUUCUCUCCCCGAGAAUUUACAAAACAACACCCCAAUAGUGACUGUGGAAGCGACAGAUAUUGACAGUGGAGCAAACGCUGAUAUACGGUUUUCAAUUGUCAGCCAAGUUUGGAACCGGUCCGAGUGUAUUGAAGUUUGCGGCAGCCAAUUAUUUUGCAAUUCUGUUCUCCCUAGCAAUAUCUCAUCUGACAUACCAUUCUCCAUUGAUUCCCGAACUGGAUUGGUCUUGUCCAAUAGAUCUCUCGACAGAGAAGAGCGGGCCAACUAUGUGCUCAUUGUUCAGGCCAGGGACUCCCCUCUCAACCAAACACAACUGAGCAGCACCACUUGUGUGACUAUUGACGUACUUGACCGGAAUGAUGAGGUGCCUAUGUUCUCUCUUGAAACAUACCAAGUGGGGAUAUCAGAAUCUUCUCCAAUGGGAGAGAGUGUCAUACAAGUAGCCGUUGAAGAUCGAGAUGUCGGGAAUAAUUCUAAGAUAACUUUUGAGUUGCGUACAGAGACUGGAAGUUUCACCAUUGAUCCCACUACAGGCGUUAUCAGAACUCUGAUUGGUGGCUUUGAUCGAGAGAUGAGAGAUGAGUAUCGUUUAAUGGUCGUAGCUCGCGAUAGAGGCACACCUUCUCUCUCUAGUUCCGCUAUUGUUGUGGUUACUAUCUUGGACGAAAAUGAUUCACCACCGGAAUUUUCACAGACUGUGUACUCGGCAACUGUAUUCGAGAAUUUACCCUCAGGCAGUUUUGUGUUUCAAGCAGCGGCCUUCGAUGCAGAUAUUGGCAAUAAUGCUGAACUGUCUUACUCUAUAGUAUCAAUAUCUCCCUCUGUGGGUCAUUUUGUGAUUGAUUCGAUCAGUGGUAAUUUAACUACCACACAACCACUCGACCGUGAAAAUAUUGAGAGUUAUAGCAUUGCGGUGAUGGCUAGAGACAAUGGAACAGUGUCACUUAGCGAUACUACCAUUAUAAAUAUAAUGGUGCUUGACGAAAAUGAUCUUCCUCCUUUUUUUAUCAACCUCCCAUUCACUGCUACCAUCAACGAAAAUAUGGUAUCACUCUUACAACCAUUGUUGAUUGUCACGGCAACUGAUAAUGAUCUGGGUACUAACGCUAAUAUCUACUUUACUCUGGAAUCUGUAACACCCCCCACUAAUGCAUUUGAAGUGAACAGAACGAGUGGUGAAAUCUUUGUUGCCUCUGAACUCGAUGCUGAGUAUGCACUUAACUAUACCAUCACUGUUAAUGCUAGCAAUGGACAAGCACUGCCGUACCAGAGUUCAAAGGUCGCCAUAGACAUACAAGUGACUGAUUUGAAUGACGAAGCACCAUACUUUGAGCAAAGUGACUAUGUAACUCCUCUAUUGGAAGCCACACCUAUCGGUGGUGACGCCAUAGCGCUGAGAGCCUUUGACGAUGAUGCAACUAUCGCUAAUUCAGAGCUGAGCUUCGAUAUUUCCGGUGGUCAAAACAGAUCGCUGUUUGGCGUUAAUGUAACUACUGGUCUAGUAUAUGUUGCCGGAAUCCUGGACAGGGAAACUGAAGCUAUUCAUGUCCUAGAGAUAACAGUAUCAGAUAAUGGAUCUCCUAAACUGAAUGCAACUGCAACCCUGACGAUUAUCUUACAAGACUUUAAUGACAAUCCACCUAUCUUUGACCAAACCUCCUAUUCAUUUAGAAUCAACGAAAACGUACCUUUGUCGACGCUAAUAGGAAGUGUGAGAGCUACUGAUUUGGAUAUUCAGAAUAUUUCUUAUUCACUCACGAACACUAGCUUCUUUGUAAUCAACUCCACGUCUGGUGAAAUAUUCUCUUCAUUUGUACUGGAUAGGGAGGAGCAGGAAGUGUAUAGCUUUGUUGCUGUAGCAACUGAUGAGGGUGGUGUGCUCCAACGCAGUACUGAGGUUAUAGUUAACGUUACCCUCUUAGAUUUGAAUGAUGUCGCUCCAUUGUUUCAAGAAUCUCCAUACACAAUAUCAUUGCUCGAAAACACGACAGUUGGAACAGUUUUAUUAACAGUAGAGGCUGUUGAUGCAGAUCUGAACGAGAAUAGCGUGCUCCAAUACACGCUGUUGCCUGGAAACGAUUCUUCGUUCUUUUCCAUAAAUGCAACUAAUGGUGAAGUGUUGCUAGACGCUGGACUCGAUAGAGAACGACAAGACAAGUUUGUGAUCUACAUAACGGCCACUGAUCGAGGUGUACCGUCGCUAAUGGGUAUGGCAACAGUUCAAAUAAGUAUCCUUGACAACAACGAUAAUGUGCCUGUGCUGAACUCAACCAAAUACAUAAUGAGCCUACCUGAAGAUGCAGCUGUUGGUACGUUGAUACUUGUUAUCGGAGCAACAGACAGAGACAUUGAUGAAAAUGCAAACAUCACUUUCACGAUCUCUGAUAACUUCAAUGGUAUAUUCAGUAUUGGAGAGCAAAGUGGAAUACUACUAUUAAUGGGUGCCCUCGACUACGAGCUGGUGAGGAGUUAUAGUUUCUUUGUGAUAGCUACCGAUGGCGGACAAGAGCCUCUUUCAAACACGUCUCAAGUGUAUGUUGAAGUUCUCGAUUUGAACGAUAAUCCACCGUUAUUUGAUGCCGAAUUGUAUCGGAUUUCCAUUCCUGAAAAUUCCAUUCUCAGUACUUCAGUGUUUCAGAUUCCAGCAACUGAUGCAGACGCAACCACUAACUCAGAGCUUCGAUACACCAUUCUCUCCGGGAAUCUUGGUGGCGUUUUUGCCGUCAAUGAAAUAUUUGGACUGAUAACAACUUCUGAUUAUUUGGAUCGCGAGGUUACACCAUCUUAUACACUUGGUGUGCGUGUCGUUGAUUUGGGAACGCCACAGUUUACGGCAACAGCGGUUGUCGAGGUUACAGUACAAGAUGUGAAUGAUAACCCACCCCGGUUUGAGUAUAGAACAUACUCAAUUUCAAUUCCAGAAUCAAUCGAAAUUGGCUCUGAAAUUCUCUCCGUAAGUGCAUCAGAUUUGGACAUUGAUCUCAACGCAAACCUGACCUAUUUAAUAGUUGAAGGAAGCACAAACAAUGCAUUUGAUCUCGACCUAUUCUCUGGUAUCAUCACUCCUACACAGGCCCUCGAUUUUGAGGCCAUUCCAUCUUACACCCUCACGCUAAUGGUCUCAGAUAAUGGCCUCCCCUCCCCCCUCACGGACACUGCUAUCGUCCUCAUCUCCCUCAGUGAUAUCAAUGAGGCUCCACCCACUUUUACUAGCCCCUCGUACUCUGUGGACGUUGCACAGAAUGCUGUGGUAGGCACUCCUAUUGGAUAUUUCAUUGCCAAUGACAACGAUUCAAACUCUUUGAUUGAGUACAGAUUGAGUGGCGGUGAUGGUUACUUUAAUGUGGAUGAGCUGGAAGGCACUGUAUAUGUCAGUAAUCCCUUGGAUAAUAAUGGUAGUGGUAUACUGACACUGGAAGCUAUCAACGGAGAUUAUGUGACUAAUGUGACUAUUCAUGUGACUGUGGUGCCAUUGUCUGAUGCUAUCACUGUACCACUCUUCAGUCAACCAGCUUUUUUGUUUGAGGUUGCUGAAUCAGUUGAUAUCGGAUCGAUUGUUGGAUUUGUUAGCGAUAAUAGCUUUGAAAUUGUUGGUGGCUCUGAACUAUUUAAUGUAAAUGAGAAUGGAAGCAUUAUUCUGAUUGGUCGCCUGGACUAUGAAGCGACACCCAUAUAUGUAUUCAACAUCGAAACAAGCGUUGCACCAUCGAUAUUUGCAAUAGUCACUGUCAGGGUACUGGAUGAGAAUGACAAUGCCCCAGUGUUUGAAAGUGCAGUGUACACCAUUGUAGUAUCUGAGCUUGUUGAGCUAGAGACCACCUUGCUAGUGCUACGAGCUUUUGAUAGGGAUUCUAAUGGAGUGAACAGCCAACUAGAAAUAUCACUACUGGAAAUUGGAAAUGAAAGAGAGAACUUUGCUAUUGAUCCGAUAACUGAUGAUUUGGUAGUGGUCAAUCUGUUAGAUUAUGAGGAGCAGAGGUUGCACAAUCUCACCGUUAUAGCAACCAAUCACCUAGCAACCCCUACGCUAUCUAGUACAGCUCAAAUUAUUGUACAGGUCACGGACAGCAAUGACAACGACCCAAUUUUUAGUGAGAACUUCUAUCGAGUGCAGAUAUUGGCGUCAACUCCUGUUGGAACUGAAAUCUUGAUACUGGAAGCUGAAGAUGCUGACUCAGGAUCCAAUGCCGAGCUUGUAUUCUCUAUCACUCACCUAAGCACUCCGCUGUCGUUUGUCGUAAACACCACUUCAGGCACUCUAGUGACGAACACGACAUUCAACCUCACUCAGGGCGUUACAUCAUCAUAUGUCAUCUCGGGUUUAGUCUCGGAUAGGGGAAAUCCCCAACCACGGAGCGACACUACAACAAUAUUCAUUGAUGUGACUGCUGAUAACAUGUUUCCCCCCCUCUUCUCACAGCCUACUGGCUAUUACGUUGAGAUACCGGAAACCGUUUCCAGUGGUUACAGAGUUGCAGAUAUCUCAGCUGUUGAUCCUGAUGACCCCUCGGCAAUGAUACAGUUCUGCAUUGAGUCUGGAGAUACUAGAGAAAUGUUUGCAAUUGACCCCUCGACAGGCCUGAUUGAGUUGUCUACCUCUCUUGAUUUUCUUGAGCAAUCUUUUUACUCGCUGACAGUAUCAGCUACUGAUUUUGGAUCACCCCCCAGAAAAAGUUGUGCGGGGGUUAAUAUUAGCGUCAUUGACAUCAAUAAUCACAACCCCCAGUUUACGGAGUCGUCUUACACAGUUGUUGUGAUUGAAAAUGUAACGAUCGGUUCAUUUCUGAUACAGACAGAAGCUACUGACCCGGAUACAGUCAAUAUCACUUAUCAGAUUACGGUCAACGUGCAAAACAAUGGUAUCCCGUUAUUCAGGAUUAAUUCUACAACUGGUGAGGUAUUUACAGCUGCCAUCAUUGACAGGGAAUUUGCUGAUGUCAUUGAGAUUCUCGUCUCUGCCAUUGACUCUGGCUACGCUGUUCAGCGCUCACAAAGCAUACCUGUUAGAAUUAUCGUUCAAGAUCUUAACGACAAUCCACCUGUUUUUCGCCAGUCCAAUUACUCGUUCCCAGUGGUGAGACUCCUCGGACAAGACCAAACUGUUGGCAUGACGAUAGCGACAGAUGCUGAUAUUGUAGGCGAAGAAAUAAUGUAUUCUAUUGACAGUGACACUAGUGGCGGGCUGUUUAGUAUUGACAGGAACACUAGUCGGAUUACAACCGCAGCAGUUACCCCGGAGACGGCCGCACUUCCUGGAUACCAGCUUGUGGUGACGGCUUUUGAUGGCAUAUACAGUACGAAUGUGACUGUACUAUUGAAAAUUGUCGAUGACGGUCAGUUUUGUAACAGCGAUGGAUUCUGUACUGUUGUAAGAGAAGUGAACUGCACAUUUGACAUCUUCCCCCACAUCGAAUGCAAUCCCUUCUGCUUGGGACAAUAUGCGCUCUCUCCACAACGUAGAGUCUGUCUCUCUCACUAUUGUCUAGAUACUGGCCUUGUCCCCUGUGUUGCCAUGGAGACCUGCUUACCUACGAACCGAGCAUGUGCAGGAGUUUGCCCUGAAGAUAUGUCCGUUUGUCCUACCACCGAUAUAUGUCAUGUGAUAUCACUCACCGAGUCAUGUGAUCAAACCAACGAAACGUGCCUAACUGGACAGGCUCUGAUUCAAAGAAGUGAUAAUUCGAGGUACUGUGAGAUCGCAAGCAACUUGACUCAAAACUGUACCAGCGAAGGCGUUGUAUUUUGUGAAGCACUAAAUGAAUGCCAUGUACUAACGGAACCCGAUCUUUGUCAAGCGUGUCCCGGUGACCUGGUACUGUGCGCUGAUACGAGCGAAUGUGUGAACGACUCUGUCAGGUGUUGUGGUACAGAUGGCUACUAUUGUGAUAUACUCGAUCGAUGCCUGGAGGCUAGUGCAAGGUGUGAGCUUCCGAACAUUGCACCUGUAGCCAAUUAUCCUCUCAUUUACCUCGAAACUGUUGAAGAUUUUUCACUGGAUAGGACCAACGAUGGUUUUGUGGUGUCAUUGUUGCUUGGAAACUUCACACAACCAGCUGUAGAUGCUCAAGGAGAACUGCUUAGUGUGGCCAUAGUGCAGACCUCUAGUGUACAAGACUCAUACGGAGAAUGGCAGUAUGCGCUUUGUGGAGAUUUACCAUCUGAUAUUACUGGAGUAUGCUCCAAUAUGUCGACCAGCUGGACACCUAUCGAUGCUGGAGUGUUGUCGGAGAGUAAUGCUCUUGUGUUACCAAGCAACGCUAUAGUGAGGUUUGUGAGGAGAGCUAUAGAAUUGGACGGUGCUAUUUGGUUGAGAGUUAAACUAUGGGAUGGAAAUGUUGACGAAUUUAUCAGUCCCACAUCUGAUCUUGUACGCUUGCACACUCCUAGUUACGAGAGUACACUGCCUUACACUCCAACCAGUGCCUACAGUGAAAACACUACACUCCUUGUAAUUGUUAUUCUACCACUUAUAACAAGACCUGUGUUCAACACACAAGCAUCUUUGCAGCUGUCAAGCAUCCAAGAAGACGUUGUAUUUGCUGAUAACCUUGGCAACCAACUCUUCGAUAUCGUAUUAUCAGUAGACAUUCCUAACUUUAAACAACUAGCUGAAGACCGAAUAGAAGGAUUUGAAGACAUCGUCUCACAAGAUUUUUCUGAGGAGUUGUUACCUAGCAGCGUAAGAGAAGCGUACUACGAACAGGUGACUCUCGUUAACCCUACCAGGAGAGAAAGAAUAGAAUCUUUGCAGCGUGGACAAAAUCCUGGAGUUGCGAUUUCUCUGCCUUCUGAAGCCGCUGGUGUAUGGCAGGUGUCGAGUACAGGAGAUGCAAAAACAUUUGUUAAUUUGAGAUCUGUACUGACUAACGCUGACAGUGGAGAUAUAUUGUUGCUAGGGACAAUGGCUAGGCUCAGAUUUUUGCCAGCUGUAGAGUUUUGUGGUCCUGAACAUAUUUUGGCUCGCCCAUGGGACGGCUAUUGGAAUCAAUCCUUCCCUCUAGAGAAUGGUUUCCUCGUAGUAGCCGCACCUGAUGUGAAUUCAUCUACACCUGCUCUGUCAACUACGAACCUUAACGAGUGGGAGAGGGUGGAAGUCAAUGUGAUUUGUAUGCAAGACAAACCGGUUUUACUGGAUGAUCGGGUUCUACUCGACCCAAUCCCCUAUCACUUAGCGUACCGUUACGAGCGUAUCUUCACCUUGGUUGUUGACAGAGAAGUAUCCGAUAUGAGAACUGAGAGGAAUAGAUUAUCUGAUUUCCUGCUACUCACUCUUGAAGUGGCAGUGGAUAUAAAGAAAAUAUCACCACUUGUGGAAAACAGGGCGUCUGUGAGUUUCUCUGUGGAGGGAGAUGUACAACCAUUUAAUGAAGUUACUGCAUUGGUUCAGAAUGUGAACGCUACUCUCUCUCUAUUGGGCUUCCCUGUCUUAGACAUCCUGCAAGAUGUGUCUUAUGGCCCUGGGGCUGGUUGCCAUGGAGAUCAACCACAGCAUUAUCACGGUGUUCAUGUUAACACAUUUUUCUCUCGUUUCACGUAUGAUGGAGACAGCAAUUUUGUGGGCGUGGCUGUAGUCGCUAUGGACACAGAUACGCAAGGGGUCUGGCAAUACCAUCGUGGUAACUGGAACAGCAGCGAAAAUAAUUACGACCCUCUCUCAAAUGUUUGGAUAGACUUUCCAUCUCCUAAUCAACUUGAGCUCUCAGACACUCGAGCACUUCUUCUCCGUAGCAACGAUCGAUUAAGAUACAUUUCCUACCCCGGUGUAUUCUGGGAUAACAUGACUGCCCCUUCAAUUAGUGUUAGAAUAUGGGAUGGAUCUGUAGAAGGCAUAGCCCCCAGCGGUGAAAUAUUGACGUAUAACAUUAAUACUAACCCCACUGUCGACACUAUACAGUCAUUGCUGUACCCCCAGGGAAGAUUCAGUGAUAAUGUUCUUGUUGUCGAGGCUGCUAGAUUUGGUUGUGACGGACAAAUUAACUCUGGGCUUGUACAUGACGCUUGCUGUGUGUGUGGUGGAGGUGGUGACUCGUGUGACGGUUGUGAUGGUGUGACAGGAAGCAACGCAGUCUAUGAUGCAUGUGAUGAGUGCGGGACAACAACAGUAUCAACGGAAUCUACCUGUCUAGGAUGCGAUUACAUUCCAUUCUCUGAAACUGUAUCUGGAGAGUGCACUGAGUGUGUUAGCGCUAUCUCUAUACCUACAGAUACCCCAAGAGAUGGUUUUCUAUUCCUGGAUCCUGUAUUUGUGGACUGCAAUGGAGAUUGCUAUGGCGAUGCCGUAAUGGACAGCUGUGAUGUCUGCUCAGGAGGGAACACUCAACACCAACCAAACUCUGACAUUGACUGUGCUGGAGUGUGUUUCGGUGAGGCCGUCAUUGACGACUGUGGUGACUGCACUGGCCCGGGAAGUACCUUCCAAUUCAACCGCAAUAUGGACUGCACAGGUGUGUGCAAUGGACCGUUUAUCACUGACAGCUGUGGAGUGUGCCAACUAACCAAUGAGAACGGUGUGAUCGUCGAGAACAGAGACUGCACUGGUGUAUGCUAUGGUACGGCUACAAUGGAUUCCUGCGACCUGUGUGUGGGCGGAGGCACUAACCUUACAGCUGGUUACUCGAUGGACGAAUGUGGAGUGUGUGGAGGUGACGACAGCUCGUGUGUGGGGUGUGAUGGGGGUGUGGCUAGUGGACAAACGAUUGACUCUUGUGGAGAAUGUGGUGGUAAUAACUGCGGCUGUUUCCAACUGGACACCGUUACUCCUAACAGGGGACCUCGGUCUGGCGGUACAGAAGUUAUUGUUCGAGGAGCAGGCUUAUUUCUAAACGAUACCGAACUAUUGCAGUUUGAAUUUGACCGAAACUCAUCGAACUGUGGAGCUCCGUACACGUUUCAUAAUGUUGUUGGUCGUUUUGUACGAAUAACUUGUCACUUUCAGUCACCUGACUUAGAGCAACAGCAACCGGUAUUUGCAAUUCCCAUUGACCAGUCGACAGUGCGCUGCAUUACAGGACCGACCAUCCAGAACCAAAUCUACAUCCGGGAAUUUUCAGUCCAGGUCCAAAUUGAAAAUGGUCCUUUCUCAAAUCCGAUUCCGUUUUUCUACGACGACUAUAGCGAUGUUACCAUAGACUCUAUAGCACCCCCUCAUAUUGAGACGAACAUUGAGGGUGUGGUGUCCUUUAUCGGCUCAAACUUUCUCAACACCACAUUUCAAGAAUGCUUUUUUUACAACUUUGAACAGUGCCUUAACAGCCAAAGCUCACAAAACCCGCUGUCUAUACCAGCCACCUUCAUCAGUGAGUCAGAGAUAUCCUGCCAGCUGCCCCCAGCCGAUAUCCCCUGUCAGGUGACACUGAGGCUCUCAUUGGACGGACAGGAGUCUGGGAUCAUUGAUACAUCUGCUACGAUUUUUACCUAUCGAUACAGCGCUCCAAUAGUGAACUCCGUGCAUUUUUCCACUGAUUUAUCCACCCUACUUAUUGAGUUUGAUAGACAGGUUGAACUAGCACCCAUUUUUAGUUUGAGAUGCUCGGAGAUUCUGACACUUGAUACUCUCUCUUUGGUUGGUGGUCGAAAUGCUGAUUGUAACUGGGCUGAUAGUAGCCAACGGCAACUUGUUAUCUCUCUUCCACGCUCCGCUAGUAUAACAGUCAAUUCUCCUACUUCAUUUGCCGAGAAUAUUUUACUAAGUAGAGGUCAACUAUAUUCCUUUGCAGUUGAGAGUACACCAUCUCUUGUUGACCAAGUCCGAAAUAUAGUUCGCCCUCAAGCCGUAUUAAACGGGCCACUUUCCAUUCCAGCUUGUGGCCCCGUCACAUUCUCAGGAAUCAAUUCCCAGUUUCCGGGAUAUGGUGGUCUAGAAUACUACUGGGCUAUUCGCGUUCAAGACAGCACACUAACCAACUAUUCUGAUAUCGUCACCUCAAUUGAAUCCUUCGGCAUUCGCUCGCCUGCGAUCACACUUGAUUCUGAUCUUUUCCUACCUCAAACAGAAUACUAUCUGCAGCUGUAUGUGAUUAAUUCAAUUGGACUUGAAAGUGAAACUGAAAGUGUUCUGCUUCUCAAAGAUAACGAGCCAAGCUCGUUUGUGUACAUCGAUGCAAACAAGAUACUGAGAGCUGGUGAAGAUUUGAUUGUGCAAAGCAUUGUGACCACACCUCAAUGUUCUAAUGAACCUCAGGCAUUUGAUUAUGUGUGGACACUGAUAAAAAUUAUCGAUAAAAGACGUGGUAUCACCUCUGAAGUCGACCUCUCGUCUUUGAAAACCUCCUCUCCCAUGAUUAUCAUACCAGAAACUUACCUUGAGCAAAAUACUAACUACACAUUAUCAGUACGAGUUAUCAUCGGUGAUAGCUCCGUGUCUGUCCGAGAAGACGUGGGUGUGUCUAUUUUACGGCAAUUCCUACAAGCUGGAGUCGAAAGUGGUGAUCGAAUGGUGUCACAAAGCCGAGAUAUUGUGCUGAAUGGUCGAAACUCUAUUCAAGAUCCUUCUGUUAGUUUCUCGUGGAGUUGUCAGGUGGUUGGGUCUUUGGAUGCUUGCUAUAAUCGUUCCCAAACUGGACUCAUUCCCAUUCCAAUAUCCCUUCCAAGAACAGAGUUUAUUUCAUUUCCAGCGUCUCAUUUGGAGGCUAAUAGGAUUUACACAUUCACUCUGGUACUAGAACGAGAAGAAGACAGUUCUCAAGCAAGUGUGACCAUCGAAGUUGUCGCUAAUCGCCCCCCCAUUGUCGAGAUCAGCCUGCCAAGAUCUGUUGUGUCAUCUCAGACAAUUGUCAUGGAGGGAUUCGUGUUCUCGUCUGUUCCCGUGGAGACUGUCUCCUGGGAGUCACUGGACAUUAUUGGACAAGGAAUGAUUGACGUAACAGACCAAGCUAUCGUUCAAAGUCAAGUCACCUACGAAACCCCACCUACUACUGAGACCACCUCCCUCUCCGAUUAUUCAUCCAUCCCUCUACCUACUUCCAUUGCUCUAAAUGUAACCAGUCGAGCGAAUCUCAUUCUUUCUCCAAACACCCUCACCCCUGAUCUAAGCUAUACGUUCAGGCUGACAGCUCUGACCAAUGAGGGAGCAGUGUACAGUCAGGUGACCAUCGUACCAUCAUCUCCCCCGAAACUCACACAGCUACAAGCCACCCCCACUAGCGGUGUUGCCUUGGAGACUGAAUUUACGUUGGAAGCUAUAAACAGUGUUGGUAGCCCAGACGGUAGUCCUUUCCAAUUUGCUUUCGGAAUUAUUGAAGACGAUAAUAUCGAUACGAGUGUGACUUCUGUACCUGAUCACGUGAUAAGUUGGAUAUCUGGCAUUCAAGUUUCGAGUAAGCUAUCAACUUUUCUUCCUGCAAGCAACAAUAAAUUGUUGCUACUGGUUCGGGUGUUCGAUAGAAAUGGUGGAAGCUCUGAUGCUCUGACAGAAGUAACCGUCAACCCUAACUCUGCUCUGAGCGAUGAAGCUAGCUUCACAAAUAUUAUCACAAAUCUUAAUGACGUUUUAGUAUCAACAAAAGAUUGGAACAGAGUCCUAUCCAAUUUAGUACCAGUGACUCUCGAAAUGAACUCACGAAGUGUUGUAUAUGCAAACACACGAGCGGCAAUACUGGAUCUUAUUGUGAGUGUAUUUAAUGACUAUCUUCCUCCCUCUCAAAAUAACUACCAACUUGUGAACACAGUGCUGUCUCAUCUCACAGCUAAUGGAGGCAUUAUCGACACUACCCAACAAAACAGGAUCGCCCCUAUCAUCAAAACUAUACUGCAAUGGUACGAUAGUGAAAUUCAAUUUGAGCAGACCACUGAAUCGAUUCUAACUCAAAAUGAUGGAGAGCCUUUGUACCUUCAAAACAGCUAUACAAAAGUGGCAUCGAACUUUCUAACAGAUUCUAUGGCGGAUGAUCUUCUAAAACCUCUGGCUAAUAUUUUGAGUGCAUCAUUGAAUCCGCAACUAUCAAGUGAUUAUGUGCUAAGUGUGGACCUAGUGAGCAGGCUUCUGUGUAAGGCUAAGAAUGCAGGGCAGCAAGCUAGUGUGAUCGAUAAUGGACUGUCACAACUGUAUGUUGAUAUAGCACAACCGAAUGGAGCGUUCGAUCUCUCUGGUGGCAUAGUGGACUUCCAAAAUGCCAUCAAUGAUUUAUUCGAAGCACAAACCUGUUCCACUACCAACAGACCUUGUGUCGAAACCUGUGUGUCUGGAGCAAAGUUUGGAUCUGAUUUUCUCAACCCUGGCUCAAAUGUAUUGCCUUUAGACGGUAAUUCUAGCAACUCAUUGCUAUCUCAAAUAGAAGGUUCCAAUCCUCAAAGUGUUAGUAUCUUCUCUGACAUUGUUUCCGCAUCAAUUUCAAUUCCGUCUCAGAACUCAUAUCUCCAAGUUUCAGAUUUGCCAUCUCCUAUACGGAUUUUGAUUCCAAUGCGUGCAAGUGUCCCAAGUGACUAUCGACCUCUGUGCCUGUACAGGAAUGUGGGUGGCGGAAGUGGAUUCGCGACUAACGAGUGGCGUUUGGAUAGUAUACAACCCCUCACGAUCGUAUCCUAUUCUGGUCAAGAUCACUUUGUAUGCGAAUUCGAUCAUUUGACAGAGUUUGUUAUUGGACUUCUCCCACCCCCUGUGAUAACCACACAACCUCCCAUAACCACGCCACCCCCCACCACUCCGGAACCAACCACACCUACAACCACACCUCCACCUCCUACAACCCCAGCAACUACCAUCCCUCCUCCAACUGUGCCGUCUCCAGCUGGUGCAAUUGCUGCGGUGAUUAUUGUUCUACUAGUAAUAGCAGCAGUUAUUGUGACUCUUUUAAUCGUGUUUUUUGUGUGGAGAAAGAAACAUUCCAAGAAGGUUAAAAUCAGUCCAGCUACGGACGAAACAGAUGGUGAUGAAAAGGUUAAACUAACUAAAGCUGGUCCUCUCACCCCAGAAGAAUCUAAAGUCCCGAUGCAAAUCAUUCUCUGUGCUGACAAGGGGGAAAGAAAGCUGAUCGGAAAAAUGAACGUCCUGCCGUCGAUACGCCUUCGUGAACUGAGAUACCAGCUGGCUGAUAAUUUUGAAAUGUUCAAGCAAAAACCGUUUUAUUUCUUGACCAGACAGUUGUGUGAUAUUGAGCCUGCCGCAGAACAACAACAGUUUGUGAGUCUGGUAUUCGGCGACAAGCCCAUCUUUGUGAGAGAGGUCUCCACCGAGAAUGAGUUAACAAAGAGGCACUUUUGUGUGUGUGGAAAUGCAGCUCAGUUUGAAUGCUCCAAUUGCAGCUCUCAAGGCUAUUGCAGUCCUGAGUGCCAACUAGAGAAUUGGGCGGACCAGCACCAGAGGCAAUGUGGUCGACUAAGCGAGAAGAAAAGAAGAUCAGAUGUGUUAACUGGAAUUGGAGGACCAUCUGAAAUUCAAAGACCGUUGAGACGCAUCACCCUAGCAACCUCUCCGUCAACUGGAGGUAUGGCUACAUCUCCAGUUUCACCUACUGACUGGAAAGGAUUUAUGAGUCUUGGAAAGUCGUUCAAUUCACCAGCAAGCCCUCAGGCACCAGAAAGUUUGGAUACACCCAAACCGUCCAACAGUGAAACCGCAAAACCUUUUUUGAGUCGACAAAGCACUCCUAGAGCUCCACCCACUCUUGGUCCACUAAAGAAAGUAUCUAUAUCCUCUCGUAACCUCCCUCCUCUCUCACGCUCGUCCAGUCUCCAAGGAUACUCUCAGAUUGCCUCCAGACCUUCGUAUCAAACAUCCACAUCUGUUACAAGACCCAACUUCUACAGUACUUCUGCAGGAUCUGGAGGUCCCCCACCAUCCCUACGAACCCCCGUUAGGGCUCAACCGGAUCUAUUUACGAGGGCAAACCCCCAGCAGGCUUCACUCCGUCCACCACCUCCUGCACGUAGGAUCUCCAUCACCUCAGUCGGCUCAGAAGAACUGGGGUACUCUAUGAGCAUGUCACGUGACGUACGACAUGAGCCAUUGCUGGAAUCAGACGAGGACGAUUAUGAGAGCUCAAGCGAUGGAAGCAAUAUUUCUCCAUUACCACAAAUUCUUAAUCCUCCGACUAGCAGCCACACACCCCAAAUACAGUCAAGUAUACCUCCUCUUGAGACACAACCCUCAUCCCAUGAAACUAAUGCACAUGUGGGAGAUACGCAGCCCUUUCAAACAACCCCUGCAAGCACCCCCACAGAAUCUAAAGCUCUGGAAAAAUUGUCGGAAGUUUUAGCUCACGAUACAAGUAUGUCCGAAGCAACUAAAGAAAGCAACUAAAGAAAUUGCUGCCUUGUCAGAAUAAACAUUCAGUGUGUUUUAAUUAACCAUUAAUUGUUAGAUACAGCUAGUUUUCAAUGUUUUAAUUAAUUAUUAUUAUUCAUGACUUUAAAUUAUUGCUAACGUG